AUGCAGUCUAUUAAUAAAAUACCAUCCUUCGGGGAUAAUACGUUGAAUGCCUGUAUUCAGGCUGAAGUUAAAAAUAUGGAUAUUGUUGAUAAUGACAGUGAUAUGGAAAAAUAUUUUAAAAAUAAUUCCUUACAACUUUCUGAAGUAACGAAUAAGUCAAAGGAUAUCACUGAAACAAUUCAAUCAAAGCAAAGCAAUAUAUUGAGCAGAUCAAUCGAUACAAAAAUUAGUUUAAGUCGGAAUAAUUCAGACUAUAAAGAACUCCAAAAAAGUAUAGUAACAAGGUCAAACAGUAAUAACAAAAUCAAUGUAUCGAAUAAGCUAAAGAUGAAAAGCAAUAUUUCCUUAAAAAAGAGAAAUGGAUUGUUCAAACUAACUAAAGAAAAUGUUAGUAAUAAUUGUACAAAGGAUGAUCUUUCAUCAAACAUAAAUACAACAAAUACAUUGCUCAAACAGUCUAAUACAUCUGAAUUGCCUGUCGCAAAUAAUGACAACAGUAAUGUAAAACAUGAUACUACAGACAAUGUAAUAGAAGACAUAACCAGUGUAAAAUUGUCAACAAGUAGCAUUACAAAAAGUAAUAUUGAAAAAUCAACGGAGAUAAAUCCUUCUAUUUCUACUAUUGCUACUCAGGAUCGGUGUAAAUUACGUUCUUGGGGUUUACCACCAAAUAUUCUUCAGAAAUAUGAAAUACAUGGAGUAAAAAAUAUGUUUGCAUGGCAAGUUGAAUGUUUAUCAAAUCAUAAAGUGAUUGACGAAAAACGCAAUCUUGUAUAUUCUGCUCCAACAUCAGCAGUAACAACAUUAGUGGCAGAGAUUCUCAUGAUAAAAACAGUACUAGAACAGCGAAAGAAAGUAAUUUUUAUUCUGCCCUUUGUAUCUGUUGUCAGAGAAAAAAUGUACUAUUUUCAAGAUUUAUUAUCUGAUAGUGGUGUUAGAGUACAGGGAUUUAUGGGUGGUAUAACCCCUCCUGGAGGAUUUGCUGCUACCCAAAUUGCAAUAGCAACAAUUGAAAAAGCAAAUUCUUUAGUAAAUCGUUUAAUGGAAGAAAAUGAUUUAAUCAGUUUAGGAGCUGUAGUGAUCGAUGAAUUACAUCUUGUUGGCGAUCCGUACAGAGGAUAUAUUCUAGAAUUACUUCUAACAAAAUUAAAAUAUAUCACUCUUAGGGAUGAAAAUGUUAAUAUACAAUUGAUUGGUAUGUCAGCAACCCUUCCAAAUUUAUCCCUCUUGGCAGAGUGGCUAGACGCAGAACUAUACAAGACAGACUUUAGACCAGUACCUUUAAAUGAACAAUGCAAGUUUGGUAAAAAUAUUUACGACAAUAAGUUAUGUCUUAUUAGAAGUUUAAUACCAAUGCCAGAACUUACUAUGGAUUCAGAUGAUAUUCUUCACCUAUGCAUUGAAACAAUAUCUGAUGGGCAUAGUGUAUUAAUCUUCUGUCCAACAAAAAAUUGGUGUGAAAAGUUAGCUGAACAAGUAGCAGCUGCCUUUUUCAAAUUAGGUCGAGAGAAUACACCGCUUGGUGAGACUUUAAGACAGCAACUAGAUUCUACAUUAAUCUCUGAAACAUUGGAACAAUUAAAACGUAGUCCAACAGGUUUGGAUAAUGUGCUUAAGAACACAGUUUCAUUUGGAAUUGCUUUUCAUCAUGCUGGCCUUACUAUGGAUGAACGUGAUAUUAUAGAAGGAUCUUUCAGAUCUGGAUCUUUAAGAGUACUUGUUGCAACAUCAACCUUAAGUAGCGGAGUAAAUUUACCGGCAAGAAGAGUAAUUGUUAGAUCUCCAAUGUUUGGUGGUAGAUUAUUAGAUAGUCUUACGUACAAACAAAUGAUAGGUCGUGCGGGUAGAAUGGGGAAAGAUACAGCAGGUGAAAGUAUUCUUAUGUGUAAACCAAAUGAGAAAAAGGCAGUUGAAUCAUUGUUAUCGGCUACUUUGGAACCAAUCGAGUCUUGUCUCCAAGACUCAGGACCUUUAAUUCGAGCACUUUUGGAAGCUAUAGCUAGCGAAGCUGUAUACACUCCAUCAGAUCUCGAAUUGUACACUAAAUGUACUUUAGUAAAUUUAAACAGUGAACACAACUCAAACAAUCCAUCAAAUGAAGCAAUUAAAUUUUUAAUAGACAAUGAGUUUCUGCUUUUACAAAAGACUGAAGAGGAGCAUCGAUGGGUAGCCACUGCUUUUGGAAAAGCAUGUUUGGCUGCUUCGAUACCACCUAAAGAUGGUCUGUUUUUACUGGAAGAGCUACAAAAAGCAAGACGAUGUUUUGUCUUGGAUACAGAAUUACAUGUAAUAUAUUUAGUGACACCCCUCAGUUCUGGAAGUCAAAUUGGAACUAUCGAUUGGAUGACUUUCUUAGAAUUAUGGAAAAUGCUUUCAGAAAGUGAACGCAGAGUUGGCCAGCUUGUUGGUGUAGAAGAACGUUUUUUAACAUCAGCUAUUAAAGGCAUAGUUCGACCAGGAAAAUCACUUCAUAUACAUAAGCGAUUCUAUACUGCGCUGGCUUUACAUGAUUUAGUACGCGAAGUUCCUCUUAACACAGUUUGCAAGAAAUACGGCUGCUGUCGUGGAGUUCUUCAAAGCUUACAACAAUCUGCUUCUACAUUUGCUGGCAUGGUCACACAAUUUUGUAAACAGUUGGGUUGGGAUUGUAUGGAAUUGUUGGUUUCUCAAUUUCAAGCACGUUUACAAUUCGGUGUAUGUAGAGAAUUACUAGAUUUAUUGCGUCUUCCAAUGUUAAAUGGACUUCGUGCGAGAAGUCUUUACAAACAAGGAAUCACAAAUGUAGCAGAUUUAGCAACUGCUAAUGAACUUGAUGUUGAACGUGCACUUUAUAAAGCGAUUCCUUUCGAAAGCGAAAAAGAACAGGAUGGAGAGCAUGAAUCAGAUGCAGUAAAACGAAAUAAAAUGAGGACUGUGUUCGUUACUGGGAGAGAUGGUCUAACACCACAUGAAGCUGCAGUUAUGUUAGUACAUGAAGCCAGAGUAUUAGUUCAGAAUGAACUGAGACUGCAGGAUAUGUCAUGGAAGCCAAAUGAACAGUCUGUUAUUACAAACAAAUCUGAUAGUAUAGCUAAUUCACAAAUAAAACAAAACACAUUUCAAAGUACAAAAUGUACAAGUAUACAAACAAGUGUUGAAAUUUCUAUAUGUACUUCGGAAGAUAAGAUACAAACAAAUAAUGGACUUGAAAAAAAUACUAUACAGUACUUAAACUCAUCAGCUACCAAUAAUGUUAAUUCUAUUGCUCACGAACAAAACACGUUAAAUAAUAAAUUACAUGAACAUGAAAAAUCUAAAAUUAAUCAAAAUAUCACUGAGAACGUUAAAGAUUCUAAAUGUAGCCCGGAGAAUAAUUUAGUUCAAGGCAGCAAAAAUGAUAGUAUAAGACUUACUGAUCAAUUAUUGCAACUACAAAUUCCAGACUUCUCAGAUUCACAAAACGAACAACUUUCGUUUGAUUUUUUUGAGGACAGUAGUCCCAAAAUAAGACAUGAUUCUGAAAGAAGGCGGAAUAGUGAAUCUUUGAUCCAUUUCAAAGGUAGUCAAAAUAAUAGAUUUCAAAGUUGUAGUGUUAAGCAUCCAAUAAACGACACAGAAAGUCCUCAUCACUCAAAUAACAUACCAACUAAAAAAACAAAAAUUUCAGAUGGAAUAGAUUUGAAUACAAUUAUACAAACAUCUAGUUUUGAAAAUAAUAUUAAACUAAGAGUUUCAAGAAGUCCUAGUUUGUUCGAUGAUAGUUUAAAUCUCGAUACACAAAUAUGUAAUGUUCUCGAACAAAAUAUAAUUGGAUCGUUAAAUUUCUCCGAAUUCGAAGAAACUAAAUUAUCUGAACCGAAACUAACAACAGAAAAUAAAGCACAAACAAAUUUACAAACUAUUCAAAACGAUUGUAUAGAAACACGAACUCAGAAUAAUAUAAAAGUUACGAACGUAAAUAAAAAUUCUCUAAAUAUUACAGUCUCGUCUGCAAAACAGAAUUUACUUUCAUGGAACGAUGAUUCUUGGAACGAAUCACAAAAAUUAACAGAGAAAUUUAAUCAAACUAAUGACAAAAAUAAUGAAGUAAUAUCAGUUAAACGUAGUAUUAGGAAUAUAAAAAAUACAAACAUACAGCAUAUUAUGGCAAGUGCUGGAACAAGUCAUUCUACACCUGAUAUGAAGAAGAACCGCGAUAUAAAAUUUUCAGACACUCCUAAGAGUUUAAAAAAAGUAACACAAGAACAUAGAUUUAAGGAUAUAAUGCCUGUGGAAAAAUCACCCGUAGCAAGUGUCAUUGUUUUUAGCAAAAAUCGCGCAUUAUCAUUAGAUUCUAACAAAUCAGACUCAGAUGAUAUUAUAAUCGCUUCCCAAAAUGUGCAUUCACCUACUACAAGUAUUAAGAUGAGAAGUAAACUGGAGUCUGAAAAAAAGAGGAAGGUAAAUACUCAAAAAACUUCUAAUGAAGUAUUGGACGAUGUUAAAAAAUAUUCGAAUUCUGUUUCAAAUGCGAUACAAGUCGAGAAAUGUAAUAUUAAACCGACCUUGAAGGAAAUACUUGCACACAAUGCACUUAUUCGUAAAAAUUAUAGCAUUGAUAGCGCAAUUUCAAAUUCAGAAGAUGACACUCCAAUGAAGUCUGCAAAACUUUUGCAGAAAUCUAAAAGUAGUGUAAAAAAGACACAAAAAACUGUUGAGACAUGCUCAAAAACUAAGAUUUCCAGUAACAUAAAUGACAACACUAAUUGGAACACGUUAAAUAUUAUAAAAAUUGGAAGCGAUAGACCAACAUUUAAUUUAUUCAAACGGGAAGUAAUGCAGAAAAGAUAUAUUGCCUUGGCUUUAAAUUGCGAAUUGUAUAACAAUGACGCAAAUACUAUUGGCUCCAAAAUUAUUAGCUCAACCACUACUGAUCGAAAAAAGAGAUCUAAAAAAACAGAAAAUUAUGUUUAUGAAGAUAAGAAAGUCUGUGGUGCAGCUAUUUCUUGGGAAAGUAAUAUUGCAUAUUAUAUUUCCUUCUCCAAUGACCAGGAUUUAAAAGUUCCAAGUAAGGAACAGAUGAAGCUGUUAAAAGAAUUACUUGGUAAUACACAGUUACAUGUAAAAUGUUUUGCAACUAAAGAAACGUUUAAAAUCUUGUUUGAGUGUUGCGGUAUUUCUGCAAGUUGCAAAUUUUUAGACCCAAAAGUAGCAAAUUGGUUAUACGAUAGCAAAGUUUGUGAGAAAAGUUUUAACGAAAUGGUGAAAGAAUAUUUCCCACAAGGGUGUUUCAUAACAAAGCGAAUAGGCGCUUGCCAUGAAAUAGGACCUGGAUUAAAUAUGAAAAGCUCAAUACCAGGGGAAUUCAGAGCAUCUGCAGAAACUGUACUUGUAUGGCAUAUAACAGAUAUUCUUUUAGAUAAAUUAAAAGAAAUGAGCCCAACACUAUUGUACACAUUUAAAGACAUUGAAAUGAAGACAGUAACUCUAAUAGCAUGUAUGGAAUUAACUGGUUUAGGUGUCUCUUUAAAGUCAUUACAAGAUUUAUCUUCUGUUAUUCAUGAAGAAAUGAUAUCGUUAGAAAAACGGGCAUAUGCAUUGUCUGGAAAAAAAUUCAAUUUUUCUUCAUCUAGAGAAGUUGGCGAGGUCUUAGGUUUGUAUAAAGGAAAGAAAGUCAGCGUUAAUAAAGCUGUAUUAGGUCAAUCUGAUCAUCCUAUAGCUAGCCUUGUUAUGUCAUGGCGUACAUUGAAUGGAACUCAAUCUAAAAUUAUUUAUCCAAUAUUGAAUUUAGCUCAACGCAGUUCCCGUAUUCACGGUAAUUGUGUUACAUGCACAUUGACUGGUAGAUUAUCAAUGCAUGAACCGAAUUUACAAUAUAUACCAAAGGACUUUAAUUCAGAGGAUAACAGCUUUGUGAUAAGUGUUCGUAUGGCAUUUGUCCCUACUAUAGGCAAUAUUAUGCUGUCGGCAGACUACUGUCAACUGGAAUUAAGAAUAUUAGCUCAUUUUUCCAAAGAUAUAACAUUGUGUGACAUUAUGAGGAAACCAGGUGAUAUUUUUAAAAAUAUUGCAGCAAAUUGGAACCAUGUAUCUGAACACCAAGUUGAUGAUAAAAUGCGUCACGAUACAAAACAAUUAUGUUACGGAAUGAUUUAUGGUAUGGGAGCAAAAACACUUGCAGAACAUUUAUCUGUAGAUAAAGAAAAAGCAAAAGAGUUUUUAGAAUCUUUUAUGAAUGCAUAUCCAGGUCUAUCGAAAUGGUUGAACAGUACAUUAGAAGAAGCACGUAAUAAUGGAUAUGUAACAACUAUUCUAGAAAGGCGUAGGGUACUUCCCAGUUUGACAAGCACAAGUUCAUCAGAAAAGUCCAAAGCGGAACGUCAAGCGGUGAACACUAAAGUUCAAGGUUCAGCAACUUUUAUUUUACAAAAAAAAAAAAAAACCGCUAUUAUGCCUAUUGUUCAUUCUACGCGAAAAUUAAGAAGCAAUAGCAGAGAAGCACAACAACGAGGUGCCUUCUUGGUAUUACAACUUCAUGAUGAAUUACUGUAUGAGGUAAACAUAAAUGAUUUACGACAAGUCGCAACAAUAGUAAAAGAAUCAAUGGAACAGGUAUGUCAACUUGCUGUACCAUUACCAGUAAAGCUUAAAGUUGGUCCAGCAUGGGGAGAUCUCUCUGAAUACAACCUGUAA